GGGGUUGCCGUGUCACUUACUACCAGUCGAACAAUUUCUUCAUUCCGUCACUUGAUAUCAUAAAAAAACAGCUGAGACGAGUUUAUAGAUAUCAGAAACGUCGAUUGCUGACGUAAGCCGUAAACACGCUUUACUUGCAGUAUGAGGAAGGCGUGUGAUGGCUGCGCCUGCAAAUACGGACGUGGUGCCUUUAGAAAAGCAACAACCUACGGUCAUACCCAUAGUUUCACAAUCUGAUGAAUUGGAGUCAAAUGGAACUUAUAAAUUCAGUUACGAGACUGCGAACGGUAUCAAACGCGAAGAAACGUCUUAUAACAAAGUUUUACCAAAAGGGCGGUCAGCGGACAGCAACGAGGGAGGAGAAAAUAACGAGAGCGACGAGAUUCAUGUUCAAAUUGGGUCAUACUCUUACACUGCCCCUGAUGGCACUCUCAUCAGCGUUAGGUACAUAGCCGAUGAAAAUGGAUUUCAACCUAUUGGUGAUCACAUUCCUCGUGUACCAGGCUUGAGUACUUCAAGCUCAACAGAAGAAAAGUCAGGGCGUGCCUUGAAUAUUGCGGAUAACGCUGGAUCUGGUUCCGCACCCGCUUCAAAGUCAGCACAAAAAUCUGAAGCACCUGAAGAGCACCCUGGAUCAGAAGGUUCUGGUGACCAAAAAUCGACACCCGUUUCUGUCGACGCGAGAUCUGCUAAAUCAACAGCUGAGGCUAAAGCCUCUGAAUCGGCGGCGAAAGCAUCAACGACUGAGGAGGCUAAAUCGACAGAAGCAGUUGCUGGUGCAUCAACAACGGAAGCUGUAGAAGUCACUGAAGCGGCUAAGACAACAGAAACUUCCGACGUAUCAACAAUAGAAGCAACCAAAACAACUGAAGCAGCUGAUGCAAGCACUACCGACGUGGCUAAAACAGCUGAAGGUAACGAUGCAUCAACGACAGAAGCUGCUAAAGUCACAACAGAAGCAGAAGCAAGCACUACUGAAGCGGUUCAGACAACUGAAGCUAUUAAAACUACAGAAGAGGCCGAAGCAAACAUGGAAGGUGCUAAUGUAUCAACGACAGAAGCAUCGAGAGCUGCUGCAGCCACCGUAUAAUACAACAUUUUAUAUAAAUCAAUUAGUAAUAAAAGUUAACUGCCAUUGUAGUCAUAGAUUUCUAUGAGCCCUCCUACAUUCGUAAAAUUUGCGCCAUAUUAACUUUAGUUAUAAACUUAUCACGGGCAAAAUAUAUCACGAAAGUUAUGUAUGUAAUGUAGAUAUCUGGUACGGGUUCACCUAUUUAAUCCUGUAUAAAAAUGUAAAUAGUUUUGUUUUUGCAUUGUGUAUCUUUUAAACAUUUAAUGAAAGAUGAAGUUUUUGUAAAUAUUCGUAAGUUUUUAUUUAUGUUAAUAAAGUACAAUC